AUGGCAUCCUUAGCUAUUAGAGUGAAAAGUAAAAACGGUCAGCAGUUAUUAAAAGACUUGACCUCUGAAAGUACUGUGGGUGAACUAAAAAUGUAUCUUUCUAGUGUAACGAAUGUAAGUUGUGAGAGAAUAAGCGUCUUAUUAGGGUACCCGCCCAAACCUCUAGAUAUUGGUAACGAUGAGAAAAAGUUAAGUGAGAUUGGUUUAAAAUCCGGCGAGACCUUGAUAAUUGAGGAGAAAUCUGUGCCAGCUACUGAAACUUCGACUCAAGCAAUAAAUAAAAAACCAGUUGAAAAUGGAAUAGCGCCACAUGAACCGAAAGAUCCUUGUAGACCCGGAAUUCUAAUGAAGAAAGUAGUUCCUUCAGAUAACUCUUGCCUCUUCACUAGUAUAGGAUUUGUAUUGAAUGGAAAUGUUGAUACAACAGUACAUACCCUCAUGCGCCAGAUAAUAGGAAUGGAAGUAGCUGGUGACCAAGAAACUUAUAAUGAGGCUAUGCUUGGUAAACCUAAUGCUGAAUAUUGUGCUUGGAUCCAACAGCCUAGCUCCUGGGGAGGUGCUAUUGAGGUAGCAAUAUUAUCUAGAUUUUAUGGCAUAGAAAUGGCAGUUGUAGACACCUUAAAUGCAAUUAUCAAUAGAUUUGGAGAGGACAAGAAUUAUGGACAACGAGUGUUUCUACUGUUUGAUGGUGUCCACUAUGACCCAUUGUAUUUAGAACAAUCAGAUGGUGGAAUUCAAACUGUAUUUCCAGCUGAAGAUAUGGAUAUCUACAAAGAAGCUGAACAACUUGCGAAAGAAGCCAAAUCUUCAAGACAGUUUACAGACCUAAAUAAAUUCACUUUAAAGUGUAUGAUUUGUCAGAAGCUCCUAACUGGGCAAGUCGAAGCGCAGAAACAUGCUAAGGAGACAAUGCAUACUAAUUUUGGAGAAGUCUAG